GGUUCAGUCAUACUCCAGUCAUACUCGCAGAUACCCACUCUGUGGAUUUAGCUCUUACUGGGCGCAAGGUACAAACAACACUUAACCAGACAGAUUGUAACUGUGUUUGAUUCAUAGAACAAUCAAGUCUUAUGAGAAUCUCAAAUUUUCACUACCAAAAGGUACUUCGUUAUGGUUGGUCUUAAUGGUCUACCUAAUGAACUUCUAUCACUUGUAACGAGUCAUCUGGAACGUACGCAGGACGUGUUGAAUCUGUCGCUUGCAAGCCGGAGAUUGAAUAGCUUCGUCAAGCUUGAUGGUUGGAAGGCUUUCCUGAAGGGUCGCUUUGGUCUGCAAGGGCUUGAUUCCGAUGCACAAAAUGCUGUCCAUGGAUUGACAAGAUUGUACCGGAGCUGGGAUCGCAAAGCUUUGACAGCCCGGUAUAUUGCACCGAGAGGCAAUGUAAUCAGUCUAAACACUUGGUCAGAAGCAGCAUGGACAGGGCCACGGGGCCAGACCAUGGGCUACAGGCCUAGCAUUGAUAGCUACGAAGACACAAGGAGCAGCUGGUCGGAUAGAAAAGAAGUCAUUGCAUGGUCAGCUGGGACGAAUAUUCUAGUGAGGUACAGGGAUACAGUUCCCGUAGACCAAGAUCUGAAAGAGAAGGGCCAGGAAGAGGAGGUGCCCAAGUCACCAUUUGUGUGGUAUUCACAUCGACUCCCGGAUAGUCGCGAAGGUAGAGACGACAUCUCUGCACUGAAGCUUCUUCGACCCCAUCAGCAACAUGCCAACUAUAAGAGUAUAGUGUUCGGCACCUCCGGAGGAGAUUUGUCAUUAUUGCAGUUCGACCCCGAGCAAAAGGAAGAUCGGCUACAAUCCUACCGCACUGAUCUCGAUGCAUCUCAACCUGGAAAACUUGCUGUUGGAUCAGUAGCAGUGUCAGAUGCUCAGGAUCCCUUGCUUGCAGCAACGUUGGGCGAUACUACUUUAGCGCUGUACUCAAUAUCUACCAAGGACACCACCGACAGUCCCAUCGAUCCUACCAGCCAUGUUAUACCCACGAUAUCUACGAAUCUUAGCGGUCGCAUAUGGUCUACCAACUUCAUCUCAGAAGACCUCCUCUCAAUAGGAACAGGACCAUCAACUGAGCCAAUACAAGUAUUUGCAAUUACACCGGGUGGAUUAUCCACUGGACCUCUACGCAAGUUCAGUCUAGAUCCCAAGGUGGACGCAGUUGACGGAGACCAAACCAUCUCGAGACACACCACCUCGGUGUAUCCGAUAAUCCCAGUGCCUGCAGAGAGCCAAGGUGGAUCUGAACGAGGGCAGACAUUCCUAUCUGGAGGUUACGAUGGUAUCAUUCGAUUGCACGAUAUGCGCUCCCCCCAUCAGUUCGAAACGAUGUACUACGAUGUAACGAACGACUCAUCCAUAUAUUCGCUCGCCACUCAAGGCAUGGAGCGCGUCAUAGCAGGCACCUCUAUGCACAGCAUGCUCAAGGUCUUCGAUCUACGCCUAUCCGGAUCCCACGCAUAUUCCACAAUCCCCCUCCCUACAUCCACCACGAAGAAACCCAUCCACCGAUCCGGAGACUACACCGUUAAUAAGAUCGUCAACGACGCCGUCGCCUACACCGGAAAGCGCCCUAUAACCGGCGGCUGGAACCUCUUCCUCAACCCCCGCAACGACACCCGCAAUAACAACAGCAAUCACAACGACCCCCACCACCGCAACCGACGCAUGCUCCAGACCGCAGAUUCCCCCAUCUACAGCCUCUCCAUCCCGUCCGCGACAUCUCCCAACCUCUAUGCUGGCGUCGAGGGCGCCGUCCUCAGUCUCACGUUCAAUUCAAUCGCCGACCGACACCCCGACCCUUUCUUCGCAGACUGUGUGAAGCGGUUUCCAGACACGGGGAGGAUUGACGUCAAGAAGAGUUACAACCCGUCGGGUGAUGCGCUGAAUCUAGGCAUGUAUGAACAAGGCGACGAGAAUGCGGUGAUCAUGCGCUUGAUGGUCCAGGAUGGCAUUUACAUGGGUGUUGCGAAGAACGCGCAAGCGAGAGACCCUACGAGGUUUGCCACUCUAGACGAGAGGUGGGGCGAUCCUGGGAAUGAGCGUGAUCGAUGGAGUCGAGGGCAAGAUCCGGGGAAUAGGAGAGGUGGUCAUGGUGGGAGGGGGAGAGGUAGAGGGAGGGGACGUAGACCGUCGUAAAAGACUUGAAGGUCCUGCCACUGCUCUCAUUUCUUUCGUGCGUAGAUUUCAUCUUGCAUUUUGUCUUCACGCUUUUCGACAUAGAAGCGGAGCUGAAAAGAUGGUGGUCUAUAAACUUUUAAAAGUAUUCAAGAUGGAUAUACAUACAUGCUAUGAAAAACACAGGAUAGAGAAAUAGAACCCUAACUUGA